GUCCACGGAAGAUGCCCUCCUGCAGCUCAUCUGUUGGACUUUCCGCUGGCGCACUCAGUCGUCAGUUUCUUUCAGCUGUGAAACUGACAUAGGUGCCAGUUCAUCUCUUUACCCACGGCUCAUUUUAGAGUCAGACCUUGUUUGCUCAAUUAAUUUUCAACGGUCUUAUGACUGAAAUGAGAGGUUAGUUACCAGAAAGGAAGAGGGAAUAUCCUUACCAUAGCUUGGAGCAGAGGAAAAGAGAGGCAAACCUUCGCUUCACAACUUUCACUCUCUGCCUGUGAUUUCCCUCUUCGCGGGUAAGUUUAUUCCGUGGGCUGAACUCAAUCGUUCCAACUUUCCUAGAAUGGAAUAAUUCUGCUUCUUGCUUAAAUUUUGAUGCUUUUCCGGCUUUGUGGACCCCGGUUUUUGUUAAUGGUGUCGAAGUGUAGAUCUUCGCUGUGUUCUCCUUUCUGGGUUGGUGGGUCAUUUGGUAUGAAUCUUCAUGAAGUCUUCUCAUGCUCGCUCUAGAAUUUUGAUACUCUUGAAUGAUAGAGAUCAGAGAUGUUUCUGGCGCCGGUUCUGUUGUUUAGUUGAAAUUGAGCAGGUUCCUAUCUUGUACAAGGAGUUGGUAUUUUUUCUUUUUUGGCCCGGGAGUUGAAUCUACUACAUUUAGGUUGAUCAAUUGAGAUGGUACUGGCGAAGGGUUGUGGAGAGACGGAUGAGUGGAAAACUUAUUCUGAUUUGCAUCUUAGCUUGUAAUGGUAGAGUUGUAAUGGGUUUAAUCAUUUCAGUGGAGAUGAGAUUAGAUCAUAUGGAUGUCAAGAUCUCUGGAACCUAGCUACUUUGAAUGAGGAUGGCUGGGGAAGGUUCUGCAGUGCUUCACGGUUAACAGAGUUGUUAGUUUCAUUUUACAGAACUUUCACCGGAUGGUUACUGAUGGCCUGUAUGAUCACUGGCGAAAGUAAGUAAAGGAUGUGUUGCUGGGGUGCAAUAUCUGAAUCCUCACCAGACCCAUUUUCACAUAUCAAAUAUUUGUGGUAAAUAUGAAGUUGGGUGGUGCUUUGACUUGGGUAUCAAUCUUAUGUCUGCUUGCUGUGACUAAGUCUUCCCUGCAUCUAGCCUCUAGAAGUAGUUCAUUUCAUGCAUGUAAAGUAAACUGCCAAAUGCUGGAGGUUUUCUUUUCUUUUCCUUUCUUUUUUGAUAUGUGAUCUUACUUGCUUAAAAUGACUGAGAUUCUAGGCAGACACGGCAAGAAUGACACAGCAUCCUGUUGAAUCCGAAACUGAGUCAACGGUUGAAGUUCAUGUGCCAAUUGCAACACCCUCAUCUGGUGCAAUAAGCUUAGAGGAGGUGGGAAUUGCCAUGGACACUUUAACCAAAGUGGAUUUGGACUUGACUUGUUCCUCUGAAAAGUUGAGUAACUUACAUAUUCUCCUAAUGCAUCUACUGGCUUGGGAUAAUGAUCUCGAGGUAAUAGCUGCGUACAGCUACAUAUCAGCAACAUCAAUAGAGAAGGCACUGGAAAUUGAUCUUUUGUCUGGAAUCUUAGAUUCGGAGGUAAGGGAGGUGGAGAGUUUCAUGGAUAAUAUCCAAGCAGGCAUUGUUGAUGCACGUUAUAAGAUAUCUGCAUGCAGACACUCACCAAAAGCACCGAGUACAAUAGAACAGAAGUUGGUCGAGUGUGAAGAAUCAUUUAAGGAAACUCAAGAUAAAGUUUUGGAGGUGAAGAUCGAAUCAACCAAGUUACAAAGAGCCUUUUUAGCUCUCAGACACGAGAACUGGGAAGAUGCCAAGGCCAUUACACUGUCACUCACCGGUAAUGCGAAGCAAAAUUCGAAGAAGCAGACUGCAGAACAUCACAGACGUGUCCUGAGGAUGUUGGAGAAUUCGCUUACAAGAGAGCUAGAUCUCGAGAAGAAAUUGUCUGAAUCAAAGCAGAGCGAAGAACAGUUGAAAUUAAAGCUGCAUUAUACUGAACAGGUUGUGUUUCGGAUGGAAGAAGCAACAGAAGUUGUUUUGGGAAGAUUCUUGGAGGCAGAAAAUGCUGCUGAAGUCUUGAUGGGAAUUUCGAAGGAACUAGUAGGCCACCUUCAGAUUAUUCAAUUCAACUUAAAUGGUUCAUUACAGCGAGAAUCUGAGUUAAGGUCAAAGCUCCAAGACUCCAUCCAACAACUAGAUGCUAAAGAUGUUGCUUUGAAGAAGCUUGAGAUCAGCAUAGCAGAACAUAUUGCAAAAAGUGCUGAAGUUCCGCUGAUGAAAGACAAAGUGAAAUCACUUGAAGAACAGGUGAAAAAAUUUGAGCUAAAUCUUAAGACUGCAAAUACUGUACAUGAAGAGGAUCAAGUGCAGCUGGUUGAAAUGGACAAUCUAGUUGAGUCACUCAGGGAAAACAUCUUUGAAGCUGAAACUAGGGCUGAGAAUGCGGAGGCCAAAGUUAGCCAGUUAUCAGAUACAAAUGUGGAACUCUCAGAAGAAAUCGGUUUUCUGAAGAGUGGGAGAGAUAGUGAUGCAAAGAAGGUAACCUCUCUCGAGAAGCAGUUGAUGGAACUUCAAAUCCAAGUGCAACAUUCAAAGUCAUCAUCUGAAACAAGUCAAGAGCAACAGAAUAUGCUGUACUCUGCAAUUUGGGAUAUGGAAACGUUGAUAGAAGAGCUAAAAUCAAAAGUCUCCAAAGCGGAAAUCAAGCUUGAGAAUUCGGAGGAACAGUGCAUCAUCUUGUCUGAAACUAAUGCCGAGCUUGACGAUGAGCUAAUCUUGUUAAGGUCGAGAAUGCGAAGUUUGGAGACGUUGUUGGAUCAAGCUAACAACUCCAAGGCUGAAAGUGCCGAAGACAUCAAGUUGAGGACCAACCUUAUCAUGGAUAUGGUAUUUCAGCUUGGCAGAGAAAGAGAACGGAUCCAGGAUCAGCUACUUUCUCUUGUAAAAGAGAAUGAGAUAUUGAAGGCGAAGCUGAGUUUGACACAAAAGUAUGAUUUCCCUAACUCCUGGACCAACAGACCAGGCGAUGAUUGGAAUCCACGCUCUUCUUCUGCCAACAAUUCGUCUAAGGAGACAUGUGGGAGAGCUUGUGAAGAAGCAGCGUCCUUAUCCGGGAGUAGUGAGGCAGAUCGGGGAAGCAUCGGAGACCGGAACUCAACAUGAAACUGGAGUGAAGACUGUUCAAGCACCAGAUGACAACCAACACGAUGAUGAUUUCAGAAGUUGAAGGAUUGAUGACAGAAGAUCAUGUACAACAAUAUUUCAAAGCAAUUUGGGUGGUUCCAUCUGCAGCAGCGAUCAUAUAAUUGUUGCACAAGGGCUCUAUCUGCACCAGCGAUUAUAUUAGCGUGAAGUACUACUGGUCAGGUAGUCACCGAUCCAUUCAAGACUCAUUUUAAAUGCUAUAGUUCAUGGUGUUUGCGGUGGAAUGCGCUAUCUGUUACUGUAAAUUCGAUAGGCUGGCAUGUCUUUUAUUUUUAUUGUUUGUGUAUGUGCUUUGGAGAACUAUUGGAUUUAUGUGAAUAGGUGUUCUGAGUAUGGUAGGUUUUGUAUUCAGUGCACUCAUUUUUUUUUCCAUUUAAUACAUUCGCUUUACAAUCGUCAUUCUGAAUGGCGAUUCAUGUGAAAAAGGAUGUCAAUCAUUACUUGUGGUAUUAUAGACAAUAAAAGAUAUACAUUUGUACAAAAAUCUGUUAGAAACAUAGUUUUUAACGGGUUUGCGGUUUGGAUCGACAUUUAGGGUUUUAGGGGUUUAGAGAAGAGAAUUGGGGAUUUAGGUAUUAGAAGAUAGGAAUAGGGAUUGAGAUUGAGAAUUUGGGGAAGAAGAAGAAUAGAAUUGAGAAUCUGCCGAAGCCUUAGAGGGCUAGAGAUCGAGAAAUUAGAGGAUAGAGGAUUAGGAUUUUAGGAGAUACUUUCUGAAUAAUUGUUCUUGUUUAAUUGAGAAUGAAUGACAAAGUACAUAUUUAUAGGGAAUACUAAGAAACCCUAUUAAUAAUCUUAAUUCUACUAAAAGAUUACUAACCAUAUUAAUAAAAUCCUAAUAAUAAUAAUAAUAAUAUGGUAGAAACGUGUUUCUAACAAAAUCAUUCAAGAUUUACUUUGAUUUGAAUGGUUUAGGGAUUUAGAGUUAGGGUUUAGGUUCACAAAUUUGGGUUUUGGAUUUUGAAUUUUGAUUCAAAAUUGAAGGUUAAGUGGUUAGGGUAAUGGACGAAUUAGUUGUAAUUCUAUGUUAUAUAUGAUAAUAUUAUUAGAAUAUACAAUCCUUAAGUAUACUUAAGGAGUUUAGUGGGGUGUGCAAUGGUGCACGGUAAGUUCUCUACAACACCUGCGGAGAACCGUUUGAUUGGGUCUAUGUAUCGAUAUCGACCAUUCAUUUUCUCCUUCAUGGUAAUCCCGUCAGCAAUCCCCGUUUAUCUUAAUCCCAAUCCCUCUGAUUUCCCUUCGAGGAUGGGAUGGCGGCUAGGCAAGUCGGAGCUCCGUCGUUUCAUUGGAAGCACUCUCUCUGUAGACGAUGAUGAAGGUGGGUUUGUAGCUGCAUCGUUUCCUUGAAGAUUGACGACGCUGCUCUGGUCUCUUAUCGAUUCUACAGCAGAUUUUGAAGGUUGUCGAAGGGUUGAGCCUCGAUGGUCAGCAGAGUGAAGGAGGAAAGAUUACUAAGAAGAAGAUCUGGUGGGCGUUCCUAACAGAAGGAAAAUUCAUUUCCAACAGUCACAAUUCAGUGCGACAGCGUUUCAAGACAGGAGAAUGAGCCUAAUUGGAACACCAUCGUUUUUGUGUUGCUUCAAGAGAUGGCGUGGUCUCGGAACGCCACCGUUUCGUCUUUCCCUUUCAGUCGUUGUUUUCUUUUUGCCCAAGGUUGUCUUGUUUCCUUUCCAAGCUUCCAAACAAACAGUUCACUUUGCUUGUCUUCUUCCUGUAAUGCUCUGCCUAUAAAGGCCAGAGAUUGUAAUGAAAUACACAAGUUUUU